AUGGCACCCAUCCGAGUUGGCAUAAUCGGCCUGUCCUCCACCGCGGCAACGGCCUGGGCCGCGAGAGCCCACCUCCCAUACCUCCUAUCCCCGCGCGGCCGCUCCAAAUACACAAUCACGGCGCUCUGUAACUCGAGCGUCGAGGCUGCGCAGCGCGCCGUGAAGGAGUACAACCUCCCCGCAGAGACGAAAACGUACGGCAACCCCGCCGACCUGGCCGCGGACCCGGACGUGGACCUCGUCGUCGUCUCGACCCGCGUCGACCAGCACUACGACACGGCCCUCGCCAGCGUGAAAGCUGGGAAGAGCGUCUUUGUCGAGUGGCCGCUCGCACAGAACGUGAAGCGCGCGGGCGAGCUGGCCGCUGCCGCUAAGGCGAGCGGGUCGAAGACGUUGGUUGGGGUCCAGGGGAGAUUCGCGCCGUCGGUGCUCAAGGUGAAGGAGAUUCUGAAGACGGGGCGGAUCGGAAAGGUGUUGAGUAGUGAGGUUAGGGCGGCGGGUGGUUCGUUGGACCGGACUCAUCUCCCGACUGGGUUGAAGUACUUCGCCAACCUUGAAGUUGGAGGCAACAUCAUUACCAUCGGCUUCGGCCAUUUGUUUGACCAGGUACAACACGUCCUCGGCGAGGCAACAAUCCAACACGCCCACACCCAGAUCCAACGACCGGCCGUCAAAAUCCGCGACCCAUCAACUCAGCAAGUCGUCGAGACUGUGACGAGCAACGUGCCAGACCUCCUCGUAGCGACGGCAACACUGCCCACCUCGGGCCUCGUCGCCGCCCAAGGAGCGACGCUCCUCGCCCGGUUCCGGCGCGGCCAGCCUUUCCACGGCGAGCCGCAGCUGUCUUGGACCAUCAACGGCGAAAAGGGCGAGGUCCGCCUCACGUCGCAGAACAGCGUGGCGCUUCAGGCCUUUGCAGACGUUGACUGGGUCAAGAUCGAGGUUCAUGACUUUGAGAGCGACGAGGUGGAGACUGUGCCGUGGGCGUGGGAGGAAGGGUGGCAGGCCGAGUUGCCUGUGCCGGCGAGGUGUAUUGGAGGGGCUUAUGAGGCUUUUGCUGAGGGUGAGGGGACCGCGGUCCCUACUUUUGAGGAUGCUUUGAGGAGGCAUGAGCAGAUUGAUGGUUUCCUCUACAAGUCGGCUUGA